UGUCUUUCUCACUACAUGAGAAGAAAUCUUUUCAAGAACACGGCCAAAAUCAGCCAAUGGCAAAUUUUCCAUUUGUCGAUAAAUAUAUUUAUCAUAUAAACUACGGUGUUAUAAAAAGAUUUCCGGCCCUGAGAAAAGCCGCAACAACACAUGUGAAAAAAUACGAUAUUUUUUCACGUGUGUUUGAUAUCGCCAAUCAGCUGCUGACACGUCACUCGCCUUUCGCACCACUCGGUCAGGUUGAUGAAUGAACGGCAAAGCCUUCACGAUUCUCAAUACAAGGUAGUUUGUCGGAAAUUCCUCAGAUUAUGGCGACUAGAACAUUUAUAAAUCCGUUUUGCUCAAGGACAUUGACGUUCAACCUCCUAUAGAAGGGGAAGAAAACCAAUUUACAAAAAGAAAAACCGAAAGUUACGUAUUCAAUGGCUUUGGUAAUAGCGUUUCUUGCGAUUUGCCACAGGCCGAUUUUGGCCGUCUACUUGACAAACCUGUCGGUAAGGCCAAGUUCAAUAAACAAGAAUUUUGUAAAUUGAAAAUGACCCCCAUUGUUGCUUUUGUAAUCAUGAUUCAACGCAUUUUUCCAUCUUGAGCCUUAGCGCGAACGCACUGUACGAUUGUCGAUUCUUUUAUUUUUAUUCAUUUAUGCAAAAUUAAACAGUGCAUCUACCAGCAUGUGUCUAGAGCUAAUUAUCCUGAAGUAUAAUUACACCUUUCGUCUAUCACUAAUGAGGAAUAUCUCAUUGAGAAAGGAUAACUUUCCAGUCCACUAGUGCAGUAGUUUUGAGCCAGACAAGAAAUUUGUUAAAACUUAAACAAGCGUAAAACUGUGCAGUUCUUGUCUUUAUAGCAGGAGAAUACAUGCUGGUACGUUCUUUGAUGAACAGCCGUUUUAUUGACGGUAUUCGUUUAACCUGAGAUGUCUUGUCUAUCUGGACCACGUGAUACCUUGAAUACCAUUACCGCGAGAUACAAAUAACUUUUCAGCUACUGUUGUUUGGUUUUGUUGCAGAAGAUCGAGUUCCUCUUCUUUGAAAAAAAGCAUUUUAUUCAGACAAAAAAUUGUUUACCAUAAUUCAUUUGGUCAUAAGUUAAUAAUGAUUGACUCGUGGGAAGUGAACAAAACCCUGGAGAAUGCAUCUGCAUCCACAAGGAGUUUUCCUUCCAAAUCAGAAGGCCUCGCACUAUGCAGCGCUUUCAUCUUAUCUUCUGUUCUAAUCAUUGCAGGAAACUUGCUCACUUUGGUUCUCUUUGCAGUUGCCAAACCACUUCGCAGGAAAAGUUUAUUCCUAGUUUUGAAUAUGGCGUUUGCUGAUUUUAUGUUAGGAGCCUUCAGUCUGCCCUUUUACAUUUUCUUUGUCGGAAGCUACUAUCAGCUUUGGACAGCGAAAUAUGACUUUGAACACAUGGCCUACAAAAUAUUUUACACAAGUAUCGAUAACAUGUUUUUGUUUGGCUCGUACAUAUCUGCAGCCUCUAUUUCCUGUGAGAGAUUUUAUGCCGUAUUUUGGCCCUUUAAACACCGUUUAUUAUCCACCAGAACAUACCGCAUCACCAUUUUCUUUCUUUGGACAUUCGCUGUCUUGUUGUCUACAUUAAUAACUUUGUUCUAUGUUUCAAGUUCAAUUGGAUUUGCUUUGUAUGUCUCUGUCCCCGUUCUGUUGGGUAUAACAGUCAUCAUAUGUGUCUGUAACAUCGCCAUCUGGAGAAAUUUUCAACACAAGAGUGUUAACUCACAGCAUCGAAAUGGAGCUUCCCGAAACAGACGCUUAACAAAGACCCUACUUCUGGUGUCCGUACUGGCUUUAUUAUGUUGGCUUCCUAUAAUCAUCUUGAACAUAUUAAUCUAUAUAACUAAGAAAUCAAUACCAUGGAAGUUUUAUCACAUGGCGAUCAUUCUAAAUUUUUCUAACUCUUUUGUCAAUCCGAUUGUGUAUGUAUUCAGAAUUCCUGAGUUUCAGCAAGCGCUGCGUUUGUGUUGCACAAAGAGGGGACCAGCCAUUAAGAUGGUAAAAAUCGAAAAAAGAAACCGCCGAACGCCAGAAAUAGAACUAUGAAUAUUACGAACCGAUCCCACUCGCCUGCUGGUUGAGGUUGAGGGAGAAGAUACGGAAACUAAUUGUUAGUCAGCUGAGAUAGGAGGACUGUUGGCAUUGUUACUGAGUAGUGACAUUUAUAGGAGGCAGGAGCCAUAAAUGUGGAGUAUUGUAGGAAAAUAGGAUAACGUUCUUACAUUUUCAAUUUCAUACUUCACAGAGCCCUGUUAUUAUAUAGGGUUGCUUUUUGCAGCAUAAGUUCACACAUGUUAAGUCUGAAUUUCAUCCAAUAAUAAAAAUAUGUUGUUUCCUUUAUCCUAUCUAAGCAAAAUAUCCUGCCGUUUUACGAAAAAAAUAAACUCUUUACAAAUCUGAUAGUUCUAGCUCUAAAGUUAUUGCUCAAAUUAACACACCUAUACUUUUGAGCUUGUCAGAACAAGUCAGUGGCCUUCUUACGGACCGUGCCCUCAAUAGUGCAAAAUAAAAAUAAGAUGAAUGAAGAGUGUACAGCUGUCCCUGCCUCCAAACUAAAAUCAAGCAAAGUUUAAUCGAGUUAUUUUGCCAUUUAUUAUAAGGAUAACGAUCGCUCAUUUAAAUCACAUAUAAUUUAAAAUAUACUUGAAGAGCACCGAAUGCACAAGACACCUGCACGGUAACUCAGCCCGUGGACAAGAAACUUUAAUUUUGACAUGAAAAAAUAUCACGAAAUAAUUUUUUCCUAUGAACUUAAGGUUGAACCAGGCUUGAUAUUCGUAAUACAAAAAAAGCCCUUAGUGAAAAGUAAAACCGCCAUUUUGGUAAAGCGGGUUGCCAUGCUGUCAUUUUCAUCUGCAUGUGCAAAGAGAUAAGCGGAACGUUCACCGCGCUUGGUAAAGAUAUUAUGUUUUCGAAACAGAAAUUCUGAUAUUUCAUCGAUAUCAAUAUCAUACAACUUUGUACAAGAGGACGAUGAAAACAGCUGAGUUCUUUCCGACAGUUUCCAAUAGGACAUAGAUUUGAAUAUUAAGUACCUCUACGCCUCGAAUGAUCUCAGUUUCACGGGCAACAUAAUUAAAUCUAGUGGAGUGGAAAUUGUUGAUAAGCAAUCGAAUUUUUUUCAUGUGUGGAGAGUAGGAAAGAAAAUGUCUCUUAUUGUAGUAAACAAAUUCAUUCAAGCACACAGAUGUAUCCGGUUAUCUCGACAGGAAAGAGAACUGUAAUAAAACUCUAGUAAUCGUAACUUUAGUUCGUCUAUAAAAUCCAUAAUCUAAUUAUUAAUUUCAUAUCCAGACGCUAAGACGCUCAAGAUCUCUCUCUCCCGCGGGCAAAAUGUGUCUAAAUACAUUUUUGAGAGAUCAACCGACAAAAAGAAGAAAUGGUUUAUAUUAUGGUUUUUUUUUUUCCAGUAUAAAAUAAUUAAAAAUAGCACAGUGCAUUGGAUUAGUCAUGUGUGAAGAGAGGAUAAAUACACUUUUUCAUAAAACAUUUAGGAAUAUUUUCUAUUCUUGUCGAGAAAUGGUGACGGUUUUCCGGGUUAGAUAAUUUGUAGACUGAUGACUAAGAGUCUUAAGGAAAAACAAACCUGACGAGAGUGUUAAAGUGUGUGACUCCGAGUGUGUUGACAAAAAAUACAUGAGCAGCUGUUCGUAAUUUGAUUGAAAGACAUGACGCUAAAAAAGGACGCUGAAUUCAUGAUGUAUUCAAUUGAAAUGUGCUGUCGACGACGGAAAAGAGAUCACGAAAUUAUCACAAAGAUAUUGCGAAAUUAUCGCAAAGAUAGAAAAAAAAUUCUCCAAAAAUUGAUCGAUAGAAGAAAAAACCCUUGACCGACCCUCUGCGAUAAGAUAAGUUACCGCUAUUCCGUGUCGCGAGCUGCUUUCCUCUAUUUCUUUUAGAAC